AACAGAAAACGCGCGUCGCUUUGUUGCCAGUUCGUUUAUUUAGUGCCGUGCGUUGUUCCCCCCGUUUUGCCUACUUUACCUUUAAUUUUAUUUUUUUUUUUACUGUUUUCCCCCGAACUCUGUGCAACAUUAAAGCAAACGGCGAUAACCGAUAACCAGCAACCCAACGAUAAACGAACACUGCGAGAAAAUUCUAUUUGAAUAAUACACAUAACAAACGAUAAACGAACAUUCCGAGAAAUUAAAUAAAGUACACAAAAUACAUUAAACAUGACAUAUUAAAUAAAGAUUUAAAAAAAACUAAACACUGCGAGAAAAAUAACCAUUCUUAAUUCAGUACACCAUGCUUAAUAUGAAAUAAUUGGAAAUAAAAAAAAUACAAACAAACCAUAAGGAAAUUAAAGUUGGCCCGUUGAUGGUUUACGUUUUGCAACAAGCAAGGAUAAUCCGGCAAGAUGAUCAAACUAAAAUCCUUGUUCCGCAGAGGACAGGGCACCUCCAGCUCGAACUCCUCCAAUUCGUCGCACAAGCAGCAGCAGCACUCCUCCAACAACAAUCGCCAGAAGUCGCAGUCGAGCACUUCAUUGAAUACCGCCCACGAGCAGCAGCAGCAGCAGCAGCAACAGCAGCAGCAGCAGCAGCAGCAACAGCAGCAGCAGCAGCAGCAGCAACAGCAACCACAGCAGCAGCAACACAACAACACCGCAGCAACAACAACAAAGUUCUACGCCCACCAGGAGGCGGCCAGCUACGAAAGGGGCGUGGAUGUGGGCGAUGAGGAGGCGCUGCUGCUGACCAACCAACAGCAGCAACAGCGGCGACAACAGCAGCAGCAACAGCAACACUAUCACCAGCAGCAACAGCAACAGCAACUACAGAGCAACACCUUGCCCCAAAAGAAAUCAAAGCUCAAGGGACAAAAGCAGCCAAAACAAUUGCCAGUGCAGCAGCAACACAGCAAUGCACCUGAGCCGCAGCAGCAACACCAACAGCAACAGCAGCAGCAACCACUGAUGACUUCCCUGGCAGCCGUGCCGCAGGCAGCAGCAACCGGCAACAGCAGCAGCAGCAACAUCAACAAUAAUAACGCAUUGGCCGCAGUGCAAGAUGGUGGCGCUGCUGCCGCAGCUGCAGCCGAUUUCUACCAGCAACUAGCUGCAGCAGCAACGGCAACAGCAACAUCGGCCAACGGCAGCAACACCAGUGCCGACAGUCCGGCCAACGCUUUUCCCGCAGCAGCAGCAGCCGUUGCUGUUGCCGCUGUGGCAGCCAGCAGCUAUCAGCAACAACAGCAGCAACAGCAGCAACAGCAGCAACAACAACAGCAACAGCAGCAGCAACUCAUCAACAGCGAACAGCAACAACAGCAACUCUUAGAGGCUAACAACAAAAUGCAGGAGCUGCACAAGCAGCUGGAGAGAUUGGGAAGCGAGCAACUGCAGCUGGAGACACGCAUCACGGAGCUCCUGCCAUACCAAAGCGAGGUGGCCAAACUGAAGGGCGAUCUGGUUAAGAUGCAGAGUCUACAGGAAAAGACCCAGAUGGAGAUCGGCAACCUGAAAUACGAGAACGAAUCUCUGCGCAAUCGGCUGCGGGACGUUGUGAACUCGCCGCUGUCGGAUGCGGAGAAGCACCAGAUCAUCCAAGACUCGCAGCGGCUGCACAGCUCGGCGCCCGCCUCGAUAGCCCUGCCCAGUACAAACGAUGCGCAUGAUGGCACACCCUGCCUCACGCCCGACUGGGAUAAACAGUCAUCCUCCAGCGAGAUCUCUGUAGCCUGCCUGCAGGACAAGAUCAUUCAGAUGGAGGAGACGCACUACUCCACCAACGAGGAGCUACAGGCCACGCUGCAGGAGUUGGCCGACCUGCAAACCCAGCUGACGGACACGCAGACGGAGAACGUGCGCCUAGCCGAGGACAAGGAUGUGCUCUUCCAGUCGCUUUGCCGGCAGACCGAGAAGCUGAAUGAAUCGCGAACACAGAUCAGCACACUGAAAGAGCUGCUCCUGCGGGACACAAAGCAGGCGGCCUCCGAAGUCAGUGCCUCGGAGCGGGAGCAGAAGCUUUUGGAUCUAAUCAAGACAUCGCAGGAGGAGCGCGAGGCCGUUCUGCUCAAGCAGGAGGAAAUGGGCGCCGAACUGGCGGAGCUGAAGCAGGCGCGGGAAGCUGGCCAGCAGGAGCAGCAGCGCCAGAGGGAGCGGAUCGCCCUGUUGGACUCUCAGUUGGACGCAGCCAAUGCGGAGCGGCGGCAGGGAGAGGCACAGUUCUCGCAGGCCAAGGAGGAGAUCUCGCAGCGGGCCAUUGAAAUCAGUCGGUUGAGCACUCUGCUGGAGAAUGCUCGCUCCAAAAUCGAGGAGCUGGAAGCCGAUUUGGCCAGGGGCGACAAGACGGACCUGAGCGACGUGCUGGAUGUGGCCAGAAAGGAGAAGGAUGCCCUGGAGGAGCGGGUGGCCGAGCUGCAGGAUCAGUGCUCACGUAGUCAAGCCGAGCUAAGACGGCUACGCGAGCAGCUCUCCGGCCUGACCGAGGAGUGCAAGGUGGCCAAGAACAAUGCCAAGUGCGCUGUCUCCCACCUCGAAUAUCGCCUGGAGCAGCUGCAACGCGACAAGGACAAGAUAGCCGGCGAAUGGCAGGCGCUAGAGGAGCGCGUGGCCGAACUGCAGGUGCAGUGCAAGUGCCACCAGGAGGACAAGGCCCAGCUGCAGUCCCUGCUAAGCGAGACGCAGCGCCACCUGGGCGAUGUCCAACUACAGCUGGGCGAGGCGGAGUGCCGGCUCGACCAGGAGAUGCAGCUGCGACGGAAGGAGGCCGAGGAGUGGCAGCAGUUCCAGGCCGAUCUCCUGAUGACCGUGCGCGUGGCCAACGACUUCAAGACUGAGGCGCUCAGCGCCCGGGAGCAGCUCGUGCUCGACAACAAGACGCAGAAGGAGAAGAUCAGGCUGCUGGAGCAGCAGCUCGAGAAGCUCACCAAGCAGCCAGAACUGCAGCAGUCGGAGACUCCGCAGUCGGUGCUGUCCACGGUCCAGCGUGAGAUGGAGAUGGCCACGCGGCGCAGCAAGCUGAGCUUCAGCCGACAGGACUCGCGACUCUCCGUCAAAACGCUUAUCGAGAGCAUCGAGAAUAACAAGGCGCAGGGCAAAGCCGACGAGGCGGAAUCCCACUACAGCUCCACGUCCAGCCUAAACAGCGGCACUCCGGAGCUGGGAACCACACCCAUUAUCUUUCCCCCCUCCAGUGAUUGGCAUGAAAGCCUUCGCCUGCCUGUGCUGCAGAGCAGCAAUCUGCACGUGAACGUGGGCAAUCAAGCGGGCACUGGAACAGCAGCGACUAUUCCAGCUGGCAGCGCAGGAGGAGGAGGAUCAGCUAGCACUACCAAAGCCACAUUGCCGCUGCGCGAUCAACAGCAGCAGCAGCAGCAAACUGCGAUGACUACGCCCCAGAGCCAGAUUCAGUCCCAGAAUCAGAUCCAGAAUGUUUCCCAGCCCUCGACGCCGGCCACGCCCAGCAGUGCGGGCAGCAGCAGCAGCAGUGGGCUGCCCUUUGGCAAUGUCUCAAAGUCCUUCAUUGGCGGGGAACGCAAGGAUCCGCUGAACAUGCUGGCCAAGAAUGGAGGCUCCAAGCGCAACGCCCUGCUGAAGUGGUGCCAAAACAAGACAGUGGGCUAUCGCAACAUUGACAUCACCAACUUCAGCUCCUCGUGGAACGAUGGCCUGGCCUUCUGUGCGAUCCUGCACUCGUAUCUGCCGGAUCGUAUACCAUACGAUCAACUGAGUCCGGCCAACAAGAGGCGCAACUUUUCGCUGGCAUUUGCUGCUGCCGAGUCCGUGGGAAUUGGCACCACCCUGAACAUCAAUGAUAUGUGUCAGAUCGAACGACCCGACUGGAUGCAGGUGAUGUCCUAUGUGACGGCUAUCUACAAGUACUUUGAGACCUAGCUGAGGGAACGGACUUGAGGAGCGUCUGCUGCACUCCACUUGGGCACUCUUCUUGGGGCAGUAGUUGUAGGGAUCGCUUUACUUUCAAUAUACAUUUUUUGUUUUUUUUUCCCCCUUA